UCGGUUGUGGAAGAUAGCUCAAGUUUCACGUGUUACUAUCUAUUUUUCGUUUGAUUAUUAUAGUGUUUACUACUUUCUGUGUAUGGUGGCGGAAUUUGAUUUCCCUCCACGGGUGAGGUGCUAGUUUUCAUUUUUUUUUGGAAAAAUAUCAAAUCUAUUAUAAAAGUUAGUUUUCAUUUUUUUUUUUACAAAGCAGCCGACUGGAGCGGCCUUUUCAUUCAUCAAGAGAGAGAAAACGAUGUUGCUGAGAAACUAUGCUUGAGUAUUUUGGUAUUUGUGUCGCUUUGGUGCUUUUAGGAGAGCGUUCUGUGAAUUAUAUCUUAGCCUCUAGAGUCUACAAUUUAUACAGGUUUGUGUCGUUUGUGUUUUCCCUUUUUGUUCUUGUUCUUUUUCUUUUUUGAGGAGUGUUUUGUCAUGUUUGUGUGCUUUGCACAAAAGGUUGAAACCACCCCGCCGCCGUGCUCCGCCGUGCGCAUGCUAUCUCCGUCGCAGAACAUCUCGCGCCCGGUCCGAUGGCCGCCGUCACCACAUACAGGUUCUCGGCUCUAACCGCCGUCCACUCGUGCCGGGGGUCUGGCCCGGAGAGACCAAUGGUGUAUGCUGCAAUCCGACGCUCCGAUCCAAUGCGGCCGCCCAAUCCCCAAUCCUUCUUUGUGCCCUAGAAAAAAAGGUCUCAAUUUCGCCUUCCAAAAAAAUCAAAAAAAUUCUCAAUUUCAUCUUCCAAAAGAAAUCAAAAAGUUUCUUGGCACGGCCAACCAGCAUGCGCCACGCGGCCAUGCUGGUUGUCCGCCAUUCUCCCAUAGGUUAAUGUGUUUGAUUUUUGGUUCGAGUAUGAUACUUUUUACUACUUUCUAUGUAUGGUGGCGGAAUCUGAUUUCCCCUACUUGGUGAGGUGCUAGUUUCCGUUUUUCCUUUUCCAAAAAGAUCAAAUCUAUUAUAAAAGUUAGUUUUCAAUAUAUAUUUUUACGAACGGCUAUCUGGAACGACCUUUUCAUUCAUUGAGAGAGAGAAAACAAUGUUGCUGAAAAACUAUGCAAGAGUAUUUUCGUAUUGUGUGUCUUUGGUGCUUUUAGAAGAGCGUUGUGUGAAUUAUAUCUUAGAGCAUCUCUAGCAGACACCGUAAAAGCAGUCAAACCCUUAUAAUUUUCCGUUUUGAAGGUUUUGGUCAAAAAAGUGUAAAGAAUAGACACCGUAAAAGUGGUCAAACCCGUAAAUAUUUUUCAGGCCACCGAAAACCCACACCCGAGACCCUUGUAUUUGAAGGCUCGGAGGCCAAACUGAGGGUGCCCCGUAUACUGGUCAACGCUGGCUGUGGGUAGAUUUCUUGCCCCAAAUGUCACCUGACCGACACCGGAGUCCGGAAUCUGACGGAAUUCAUCGCAUCCGGUCCUUCUCCGCUGUCUCCAACAACGCACGCCUCGAUCUGGUUCCUCAGGAUGAUGAGGCUAUACCGGAUGGAGAAUUAGGCGAGGUCUCCGUUCCAACUUAUGUUAACUCGUUGAAGAAUGAGUUCGCGACACUUCGUUCCGCUGAGAUUAAGGAUAUGGUAGAGAAUAACAAGAUUAAGCUCAGCACCAUUAUGCAGAGCAAUCGCGGUUCUUCAACAAUCUGGCAAACGAGUGCAUUGGAUGGUACAGGUUUAGCCACGAAUCCGCUGACACCUAGGCAAGACGAUGCGUCGUGCUCAACGCUUGGUCUUGAACUGUGCCUUGCUGAGAAAGAUGGUGGCAGUUCUCAAGAAGAUAGUCCGUAUGGCACAUCGACUGCUACUUUGGGUGGAAUUCUCACUGCAAAGAAUGCUAAUAAGCCAAUUGAACUACCAACAGUGUCAGACCUUCCACCUUAUACAACAUGGGUGUUUUUGGACAGGAACCAGAGGAUGACGGAAGACCAAUCUGCAUUUCAUCGACAAAAUAUUUACUAUAAUGCAGAUUGUGGUGGAGCUUUAAUGUUCAGUGAUAGUGAAGAUGAAGUUGUUGAGGAUGAAGAGGAGAAAAGGGAAUUCAAAAGCUCUGAAGAUUGUUUUAUUCGGAUGACCAUUGACGGAUGUGGCAUGUCUGAUGAAGCGCUGGAGACCCUAGCUCACUGUUUUGAGAAGACUCCUGGUGAUAUAAAGGCCAGAUAUGAGAUCUUACAACGAGAGAGUACUGAAAGUUCUUCCAAAGAAGUGUCCAAACUUAAUGCCAAACUGAAAGAUAUCUACCAUGAUAAAGAUUUGGCUGCAGCACUGGAUUCCUUCGAUAAUCUCUUUUGUCGGCGAUGUCUAGUUUUUGAUUGCAAACUACACGGGUGUUCUCAAGAUAUAAUAUUUCCUGCAGAAAAGCAAUCACCUUGGAACAGCAGGGAUGAUGUACCAUGUGGUAUUCAUUGUUAUAAACUGGCCACCAAACACAAAGAUUCAAUUGCAUACUCACAACAUAAUUCUCCAAGCACAAGAAGUUCUCGGAAGAAGGAUGCACAUCAAAUGGAGAAUAACUCAGCUUUAGUGGAAGAUCGUAAUUAUUUGAUGGUGGAAACAAAUAAUGAGCAUUCAGCAACAGAUGGUCAUGAUAGUUCGAGGAAGGAAGAAUUAGUCGAUAAGAAUAUAUGCAGGCAAGAAGACAAUUUUGUAUCCUGGAUGGUGAUUGAGCAAGAGCUUCUAGUUAAAGGUGUGGAGAUUUUUGGAAGGAACAGUUGUUUAAUUGCUCGGAACCUUCUUGCUGGAGAGAAAACAUGCAGUGAUGUUUUUCAGUAUAUGAAUUAUAUUGAGAACAGCAGCACAUCAGAGGGACAUGGGUUGGGCCUGGGAUCACGGCGUCCUAGAAAGCGAGGAAGGGUCAAGCAUGCCUCAAGAUCUACAGUCUACCGUUUCAUAAGGAAAAGGAUUGCAGCAAUGAAGGGUGAGCUUCGUCAGCAUUACAAUCCAUGUGGUUGUCAAUCGGCAUGUGGGAAACAGUGUCCAUGUCGGAAAAAUGAUACAUGCUGUGAGAAAUUCUGUGGGUGUCCGAAAGCGUGCAAGAAUCGUUUUCGAGGCUGUAAUUGUGCAAAGGCUCAGUGUCGCAGCCGCCAGUGCCCAUGCUUUGCUGCUGACAGGGAAUGUGAUCCUGAUGUGUGCAGAAAGUGUGGGGUAGGGUGUGGUGACGGUUCAUUGGGUGUCCCCAACCAAAGAGGUGAUAAUUAUGGAUGUCAGAACAUGAAACUGCUUCUUAGACAACAACAAAAGGUCGUACUUGGGAGAUCUGAUGUUUCUGGCUGGGGAGCAUUCGUUAAGAAUACUGUUGGCAAGGAUGACUGUCUUGGGGAGUACACUGGGGAGCUUAUCUCUCAUAGGGAAGCAGCCAAGCGUGGACAGAGAUAUGACCGUGAGAAUUCAUCAUUCCUUUUCAACUUAAAUACUGAGUUUGUUCUCGAUGCCUUCAGGAUGGGCAACAAGCUGAAGUUUGCCAACCAUUCCCCUGAUCCGAAUUGCUAUGCCAAGGUUAUGUUUGUAGCAGGCGACCAUAGGGUGGGCAUAUUCGCCAAUGAGCGGAUUAAUGCAGGCAAGGAGAUUUUUUAUGAUUACCAUUACGCGCCUGACGAAGCACCAGCGUGGGCUCUGAAGGCUGAUGAUGCCACUGGAGCGAAAGACCCCGGCCAGUCUUCCAGUGGAAGCGCAAAGAAGGCUGAUGCUCCUGGAGCGAAAGACCCCGGGCAAUCUUCCAGCGGACGAGCAAAGAGGCCUGGGAAGUCUUCCAGAGGGCGACCGAGGAAGCAUGCCCGGUGAAGAAACACCAUUGGUUGAUUCUUCUGUCGCGGGGCCGAAAUUCAGAAGCUAUGUCAGCAACUUUAUUUGGUUUGAACUUUGACAUUCGUUGGCACCUUUAUCAGCACUCCUUGUGGAUGGAGCAUGAACCAUUUAAUAAGUGUCGGGUUUUAUUCAGCCCUAGGGCUUGUAAUAAGGUGCCCACGCCGUAGCGGCGAUUGGGGUCAGUGGUGUUGCUGGCAUCCGGUCUAUUUGGCUGGAAACUGCACCGGACGCUGUGUCAGUUUCGGUGGCUGGCUAUCAUGCUGUGCCGUUGGUUUAAUUGAAUACCUAUUUUCAAUGUAUGCUGUGCUCUGUGCCCAGCACAGCGAGGUUUUUUUGC